AUGGGAUUACGUGUCAGACUUCUGAAAGGUCCCGGUGUUACUAAACUCAUUUCUUAUAUGUCUAAUUCUAUGUAUACGGAAAAUAAGAAUCCCGCAAUCAAAACAUACGAUGGUUUCACUGAAUAUGAAGCAGGAUACUCUUCUAUUAAUGAUAGAAAUCGUAACCGGCCUACACUGCUCUCCGAAAACAGUGGUUUGCUUGAUUCAUCUUCAUCCGACGCACAAUACAUGAGUUCUGUGAGUGGAAAAAGUAAAACUGAAGGAUCUAAUAGUAAUAGUUAUAUAGAAAUUGUGAAACCAGGUGACAAUCCUCGAUACCAUUUGACUGUUGAACCAGAUCCACGGAACUCGUAUGCAACUAUUUUACGUUUAGAUAUUACAGAUCUGUCACCAGAAGAUAACUCGUUUUACUUGUGUGAAGCACUUUCUGGACCUCAUUGGCGAGCAUUCACUCCAACUUCAGCUGAACCUCCUGGAAGAGUGACUGUUUGGUUUGCACCACCAGCAGCCGAACCUAGACGUGUUACAGAAAUAUCAGACACCAUCGAUACAGAUGAUAAUUCCAUUCAGAGUGAAACAACCACACAGCAGGGAAAAGAUGUUGUUUAUGGUUUAUCACAUUUACCUUCUAAAAUAGCCUGCCAGGCACUGGGACAGCCACCACCUCAAUGGAAAUGGGUAGGUCCACAAAGCGGACCAAAUGUACCACUAGGUGAACCAAAUAAUUCAAGAGGUUACGUUAAAACAGACUAUCAAGAUGGCGAGUAUUCGGUCAGUGAAUUAACUGUUCCAGCUGGUUAUUGGAAUGUCGGUGUGUUUGGCACAUAUACAUGCACUGCAUCUAAUAGACUUGGUCAUGCAACAGGACAUGUUCGACUUCAAUUGGCGAGCCAUCCAGGCCGACCAACGCUGAGAGCGUGUAAAGUUGAGGCAACUUUAAUUGAGCUGUGUGUUGAACCCCCAACUGAAACUGGAGGUCUACCACUAACUCACUAUGAAUUAAGGAUUCAAACUCAUCCACGUGGCGCUUUCCACGGACCUUUCGCCUAUCUUCCUGGUCGCAGAGUGCUAAGGUUACCAAAUCUCAUCCCUGGUUAUUACUACCGAUUCGCAUUAUCUGCUGUCUCAAGCGCAGGUCGUGGGCCAAAUGCAUAUUUACAGGUUACAACUAACCAGUUAUCUAAACCGGUUAUAAAAUUACUCGCUUCUCAGAAUUAUAUAAGUCCAACAGGAUACAAUGUUCACUGGAAUGCAGAGACUACAAACGGCAUGGACAUAAAUCAAUAUAAUAUAAAUAUAAGACCAGUUGAAGUUGAUUAUUCUAUGGGUGAGAUAUCUGGACGUCCUAUUGGUUCUUGGACUCACUACAAUAACAUCGAGCCAUAUUGUGUAGUAUCAGCAGCAGAAGGUCAAAAAAUGUGCAAUUUCCCAAUUGAUGAUUUGAAACCGGAUAGUGCAUAUGAGCUUGAACUAUCUGGACAGAAUUCAAUGGGAUUUUCUGAAACACAAAGAAUCAUAUUUAGGACAUCAUCACUGACAGGUGUUAAUGGACGCAUACUAAAUAUGCCAUCAACUAUGCGACUAACAGGGAUAUCUAAUCAUAUUCAAUUAGAAAUCAUAUUAACAACGACUACUAUCAUGAAUAAAUUCACAGACUAUUUACAGAUUAUGAGUUGA